GGGAUGCCGAAGGUGCCGAAAUAGCAGCAGUGACAAAGGGCUUGGCCCAGCGCUGACAUCCCCCGUGCACCCGCAGACUCUGAGAUGACAAUAGGGAGCAUGGAGAACGUGGAGGUCUUCAACUCUGAGGGCAAGGGCCGGGGACUGAAGGCCACCAAGGAGUUCUGGGCAGCAGACAUCAUCUUCGCCGAGCGGGCUUAUGCCGCUGUGGUCUUUGACAGCCUGGUGACUGUAGUGUGCCACACCUGCUUCAAGAGGCAGGAGAAGCUGCACCGCUGCGGUCAGUGCAAGUUCGCCCACUACUGCGACCGCACCUGCCAGAAGGACGCCUGGCUGGACCACAAGAAGGAGUGCUCGGCCCUCAAGAGACACGGGAAGGCACCCAGUGAGAAUAUCAGGUUGGCCGCACGCAUCAUGUGGCGGGUGGAGAGAGAGGGCAGCGGGCUCACCGAGGGCUGCUUGGUGUCGGUGGACGACCUGCAGAACCACGUGGAACACUUUGGGGAGGAGGAGCAGAAGGAGCUGCGGGUGGACGUGGACACGUUCCUGCAGUACUGGCCGCCCCAGAGCCAAACUUUCAGCAUGCAGUACAUCUCCCACAUCUUCGGAGUGAUCAACUGCAACGGGUUUACUCUCAGCGAUCAAAGAGGCCUGCAGGCUGUGGGCGUGGGCAUCUUCCCCAACCUGGGGCUGGUUAACCACGACUGCUGGCCCAACUGCACUGUCAUAUUCAACAAUGGCAGCCAUGAGGCAGUGAAGUCCAUGUUUCACACCCAGAUGAGGAUCGAGCUCCGGGCCCUGGGCAAGAUCUCGGAGGGAGAGGAGCUGACGGUGUCUUACAUCGACUUCCUCAGUGUCAGCGAGGAGCGCAGGCAGCAGCUGAAGCAGCAGUACUACUUCAACUGCACCUGUGAGCACUGCCAGAAAGGGCUGAAGGAUGACCUCUUCCUGGGAGUGAAGGAAGACCCCAAGCCCUCUCAGGAAGCUGUGAAGGAGAUGAUACAAUUCUCCAAGGACACAUUGGAAAAAAUACACAAGGCUCGCUCCGAGGGUCUGUACCAUGAGGUGGUGAGGCUGUGCCGAGAGGCUCUGCAGAAGCAGGAGCCAGUGUUUGCUGAUACCAACCUCUACACGCUGCGGAUGCUGAGUGUCGUGUCUGAGGUCCUCUCCUACCUCCAGGCCUUCGAUGAGGCCUCCCACUACGCCAGGCGGAUGGUGGACGGCUACAUGAAGCUCUACCACCCCAACAAUGCCCAACUGGGCAUGGCCGUGAUGCGGGCAGGCCUGACCAACUGGCACGCUGGUCACAUCGAGGUGGGGCAUGGGAUGAUCUGCAAAGCCUACGCCAUCCUCCUGGUGACUCACGGGCCCUCCCACCCCAUCACUAAGGACCUGGAGGCCAUGCGGGUGCAGACGGAGAUGGAGCUGCGCAUGUUCCGCCAGAACGAGUUCAUGUACCACAAGAUGCGAGAAGCAGCCCUGAACAACCGGCCCAUGCAGGUCAUGGCCGAGCCCAGCGCGGAGCCAGCCCCGGCUCUGUUCCACAAGAAGCCCUGA